AUGGCUGAACAAGUAGUUGAUAAACAUGUCACUAAAAAAUCAUCUGAUGAUGAUAAACCAUUUACUACUAAGAAAAAAACUCAAGCUGAAUUAGGUCAAGAAGCCUAUAUGGCUCGACAGUAUGCUAUUGUUAUUGGUGAACUAAAAGCAGCUGAAGCAAGAAAUCGUAUUCGAGCAACUCGUCUUCGUUUUUCAAAAUCACAUCGUAAUGAAAUUGAUCAAAUAAUUGCUUUUCAACCUAAUGCAUUAAGUGCACUUCGUUUUGAAGCAUUCAUGAUGAAUCCAUCAUCGUCAUCACAAAAAGAUAAAUAUACAUCAUCAUCAUCAAUGUCUUCACGUCCAACAAGUGCAUCAACAAAUGGUUUAACAAAAGAUCCUUUAACAAAAAUCGAACGUCGAAGAGUUCAAAAUCUUAUUCUUGAUGAUCGAAAUUUAUUAGUUAAUAGAACAGAUUAA